AUGUUUUGCUUUAUAUCAACUCCAAGCCAAAAAAUUUCACUCGCUCACUCUUUUAAACAAUGGCUGCAUAUUUCACCGUUUCUCUCAUCGUCUUAUGUUUAUGUCCAAUUCGCUACUCCUUUCACGGUCAUCAUGUCGGAUUCCGGCGUCCCGUCCACCCUCAUAGACGGUCCUCUAACCAGGUUUUCAAUGAACAAGAAUGGGUCCCGGACCAACCCCCAAGAGCAAGAUGCGGUUUACGAUAUAAUGCGAUCCACGGGGAAUGAUUGGGCCACGGAUAUCCCCGAUGUCUGCCUUGGGCGAUGGCAUGGCAUCGAGUGCAUGCCGGACAAAGACAACGUCUACCACGUUGUCUCCUUGUCUUUCGGGGCGUUGUCAGAUGACACUGCUUUCCCUACCUGUGACCAGGCAAGGUCUUAUAUUUCCCACUCCAUUACCAAGCUUCCUCACCUGAGGACUCUGUUUUUUUACCGUUGUUUCAGUUACAAUCCUCAGCCGAUCCCCAGGUUUUUGGGGCAGUUUGGCUCUACUUUGCAGACUUUGGUCCUUAGGGAAAAUGGGCAUAUCGGUUCAAUUCCUACUGAACUCGGAAAUCUUACUCGUUUAAGGGUUCUUGAUCUUCACAAAAACAACCUUGAUGGUUCGGUUCCUGUUUCAUUAGGCCGGAUCACUGGCUUAAGGUCGUUGGAUUUGAGUGGGAACAAAUUAACCGGUUCGAUUCCUGGUUUUAGCUUCCCGUUUUUGAGUGUCUUCGAUAUGAGCCAAAAUCUUUUAAUGGGUUCAAUUCCACCAAGCCUUGGGUCAUGCCAGUCAUUGGUUAAAAUCGAUUUAAGCCAUAAUCGCUUGUCCGGUUCGAUACUCGACUCUUUUAGCGGGCUAAAAGAGCUCAUUCUCAUGGAUUUGAGUUAUAAUCGUUUGUCUGGCCCAUUCCCAACAUCACUAGGAAGCUUACCUUCCCUACAAGCUUUGAUCCUGAAAGGGAACCAAAUGGGACCAACUGUCAUUCCUAGUGAUCGUUUUGAUGGGAUGAAGGAUUUAAUGAUCCUAGUUUUAUCAAACAUGAAUUUACACGGACCGAUCCCUGAGUCAAUAGGCCGGUUGGGCAGCCUUCGGGCUGUUUAUCUCGACGGAAACCACUUCAACGGUUCGAUUCCAAGCAACUUCAGGGACUUGAAGAAUGUUAGUGAGAUGAGGCUGAAUGAUAAUCACUUAACCGGCCCGAUUCCAUUUGGGAGAGAAAUGGUGUGGAAGAUGGGGCGUAAGCUUAGGCUUAACAACAAUUCAGGACUAUGUUACAACGCAAAUGAUGGCUUUGAAGAUUCCCUGGAUACAUCCUCUGAUAGGGGCAUCGGUUUAUGCGAUGCACCUAAACCCGGUCUACCAAAGACAGUGCAGCACUUGUCCAGCAUCAAUGGCGGUAUGGAAAGAACAAUAAAUGUAUCAAACGGAGUAGUUCAUUUUCAUAAAACUUCAGUUUCUGUUAGGUUAUCUCAGCUAACAACAUUCUUGUUGUUCGUUUUGCUGUCUUAAGGGAAAUGGAAGGGCUU